UAGAACUGUAUAGCUCAUGGUUGUCGUCGCACGAUUGAACCGCUCGAACGGAUGUAGUUACUAUUGUUUACACUCACUGAUCUCUAUGAUCAGUGUUUACACUGCGUUAAGCUACGCACGCAUACCUGCGUAUGUAUGAGUAAUUUGAAAUUGGGAUUUAAAAUCGAGGGAAACAAGCAGCGAGUGGAGUUUCAUUGGAGCAAGUGAAUUGUUGACCAAAAACUUGAAUGCAAUGUUUCCCAUUGAAAUAUUGGAGAUUUUCUUCAAAUAUUCACACGGUACUGACAUCAUUAAUUUUCGCUACGUAUGCAAAACAUGGAAUAACGUUAUCACUCGACUUUCAAGGGAUACAAACAUGUGGCAAAAUAAAUGCCAAAAUGAAAUAUCCAUCCACCUCCGUAGAUCUAUCGCACAAAAACUUUAUCCAAACAUUAGCUGGACUGAUUUUCACGAGUCAAAAGAUAAUUUAAAGUGGCUAUCGAUGUACAGGACAUGGAUGAAAUGGCAUAAAAUAAACGAAUUCAAUGUUUCCACUGCACAAUUCGAACCAUUUUUUAUCCGUCUACCAUUGGUACAAAUUACUUGUCUUGCUGUGUCAGAAAGUCUGCUAGCCGUCGGUAGCUCGGAAGGAUUCAUUGCUUUCUAUGACAUUGAGAGAUCCAUAGUUGAGCCAAUUUUUAUUGCUGACCAAAUGGAACAUGUAUCCAAUGUACAAUUUUUACGGGAUGACAAACGGAUAGCUGCUAUCUCUGCUUCAAAUAUGUAUAGAGUGAUGUUAUGGGAUAUUCUAUUAAAAAAAGUAAUUUCAACUCCUCGAUAUGGAAGAUUAAUAAGUACGACCCAUGGAUGUGUUUUGAUCACAAUGAAAAACAAGCUAAUCAUCCGUAACAAGUGUACUGAAAGAUCUUACGAUUUCCUAGAACUCUAUGGCACUAUUGUUGCUUUAGUAGCUGAUGGUGAAGAGGCUUUUCUUUGGACAGAUUUGGGUUACAACUAUAAAGUAAGCCUGAAUGAAACUCCAUACAUGGAGGAAGAAUACGUCGAACCUCCUGCAGAUAGAGUAUUAAAAUACUACGUGUUCAGGCCUUGGACUGCCAUGUGCAUUACAAUGAACGGUUUUUUGGGGAUCUCUGUAAACAGUCAGCCCUGGGUAAUGUACGAAAUUCUAUCAAAACUUCAUGGAACACCAACUGCAUUACUUUUCUAUGCCGAUGUACUGGUUCUAGGAUUAGACUCUGGUUCUGUUCACAUGUACUACGUCAAUAAUGCUGAGUUACUAACUACUUGGGACUUUUGUCCUAAGAACUCCAAAUCAAUUGUAGUCGCUAAUCAAGCUAUAAUUGCGUUAGAUAUAAUGGAUCGGCUCAACAAGCAAUAUUUAAUCGCCGCCACCACUGAGAAAAUAAACAUAGUACAAUUAUACGAUCCGAGCUGAUUAUCUGUGAUAUUCACCGGAAAUGUGAUUAAACUUCACCAUUGAAUCAAACGAAAUUAUAUAUUUAUGAAAUUCGCACACUUAUUAUUCACUCUAAGUUGGUCAAUAGAUUUAAUCUAUUUUAUACUCAGUAUACCAUAUAUUCUUACCUCAUUUAUCAGCAGGUUUUUAAAGUGGAGAUAAUACAUAUUUUAAUAGAACUGCCAGCAUUUAUUAACUGUUUCGUUGCUACUUAUUAAGUUGCGCGAAAAAGAAAUAAUGUAUUCGAGUCUUGAUAACGAAAAUUUGGUCUACAAACAGCCCUAUCAAUAAUAUACACAGAUCUUACUCCUCUAAUUGCAAGAUAACAUACCUAGUAUCAAUUUAGACCGACUGACACCAAGCAUA